AUGGAUUUGUGGCACACAUAUGUCACAGACGACGCCAAAUAUGCUUUUCUCCUCGGCAGUGCCUUGAGAAACGACGACCCCGAACAACUUAUUGCAGUAUAUGAUAAUUUAAUACCCGAAGACAUUUCGCAGACACGGCUCCAGCAAAUCAAAGAAGAAGCAAGACAGAUUUCAGAAUUACCAGAGCAUCAGUUCAGUUCACUAGUGCUGAACGCACGUACAUACAGUCUGGCCAUUGGCCGGUCCAGCAUGAGUCAAGCUAACAGUGGGAACAUUGUACAGCUACAAGAUCGCAGCAGUGAGAACUGUGUCGAUGCUUCUCUAAAGGAAGAUGGACAGGGAAGAAAUAUUCAUUCAUGGUCAGGUGAAAAGUCUUGUAACUCAUUAGAAUCAUUAGUGUUGAAUAAAAGUCACCCAAACGCUUGUGACAGUGACCUUGUUAAAGCUGAACUUGUAGCUACGAUAGAAGAUGAGGAUUGUGGACUCCAGAGCUCAUGCCAAAAAGUUUCCUGUGUAGACAGUGCAAUCAACUCUGACAGUGUAUAUGGCGACAGUGAGGAAGAUCGGCCGGGGUCAUUUGAUUACAUGCCUAGUCACGGUCAUGUGAGAAUCACACGCUCAUUUAACCCUCCUUUUGACGAGGAGGUGAAAGUAGACUCCAGCACAGGAGGUUCUUCUGUUGAGUCACCUCGCAGUGACACUUCUGUCACUCAGGAUGAAUACAAUCUGGCUGACGAGGGCACAGAGAUGGCCAUGCUGUCCUACAAGGAGACACCACAUUCUGUGGAUACAGAGCGCACACACGAUGGCGACUGUUGGGACUAUGUUGCGUCUAAGAAACGUUCAGAUGAUGAAGAGAUGGAAGAUGAGGAAAAUGAGAGGGAUCGCCCCAGAAACUUGUCCACUGUCAACCCUUUCAGGCCAACCUUACCCAAAUCAGUGUCCAAUCACUUUGAUCAGAGCAUCUCUUAUGGUCUGAGACAAGUAGAGGGCAACGGAUCUGGGUAUCCAAACCCACGAAUAACAUUCACUUCUUACAGUCAACAACAUUACCAGUCUGACAACGGAGAAAGGGACAAAACUAGAAAUAAAAGCAAAGAUGACACUGAUAAGCCAGAAGUAUCUGGCCUUGUGGAUAUAAAUGGAAACCCAAGAAUUUCUGACAUAGCAAGCAACCCACAGAUGCGUCAGCUGCCACGAGGCAAAUCAGAGAAUGCAGCAUUAGGUAGUCUGGCAGCAGCCAUUCCUCAGUCUUACACCUCCUCUCUCACAGAAGCACACGCACUUGACCGCAAGAAGGAGCGCAAGCGCCUGAAGCUUGAAAGACAAAAAUGGACACCGGCAGAAGCGUAUGAAGAUCAUAAGGACUUUAGUGACAUUAAAGACAUUCUGGAUUAUGUUGAAGGUGGAGCUGCUUCUGCAUCUAAAGCUGAAGGCAGGUUGGUGAAGAAGAAACCAGAGCGAAGCAGAAAGAAAGACCACCAUCUCAAUGGGACUAUUGCAUUAGAAGACACAGCAGGAGCUGAGGAUGGCUCAAACUCCGUGGAAUCUGUGGCUGUAGCAGCCACUGGAGGAGCUGGUCUGGAUGCAAUGGGCAAUAGUUCUGUGAAGCCACAAGGAGAAACUCAGGUUAUUCCCAGAGCUGAUUCUUCUGAAGAUAUUUUUGACAAAAACAUUGAUGAGUUUCACGAUUGUCUGAAUAUACCGUCGACGGAAAUUGUGAUUUCAAGCAGAGAUGACAAACAGCCCCAGAGUGACAGCUCUGAAAAUAUUCGGAAAUCUAGCUCAGAUGAAGCAGAUAAUAAUGAUUCUCAUUCAAAGGCAGAAGAUUUUAUUGAGAGAAGCGUAAUAGAGAAAAAUAAAAUACUGAUCAAGAAGUCUGUAAAAACUAAAAGCAGGAAGGAUAAACAAGGGCCUACAAAGGAGAAUGGUCCUCUGAGUUUAAAAGUAAAUAUGGUGAAAUCUAAGGAGAGUUUAGACAUGAAAGAUUCGUUACUAAUUACAUCUGUGCACACUGAAAAUAUCUACAGCUUCCAUAGCUCCAGUGAUACAGAAAUGCUAUCAGAAAGUCGGAAGGAAGAUUCUUUUACUGAGGUGAAGAAACGAAAGAAGAGGCUUGGUGGAAAGGACUUCAGUGUGGCCUCUGCCAAAUAUUCUUCCACUGGUAUGUACCAUGUACACAACAUCAGUGGUUACACGCAGCGGAACAUCCCCCGCCCUCGUCCAGUAACACCCACUCUGCCUGCAACGGUGGGGAUUGUUGGUAACAGCCGUUCUCUGCCAGUCACAGACCAGGCUCAGUCAUCUCGAGAUUUGAGUCCAUCAGCCUUCCCAGUGCUGCUGGGUCAUGGUCCUCUGACACCGCACACCGAUAACAGACGAAACUCCUGUGGGGACCUCAGUGCUGAUUUUAUAGACAACAAAACUUACGACAGUGACAAAGAAUCUGCAAAAUCUUUGCCUGAUGCUCAUAGGACCAGGAUUGGUGGGAAUGUGUCUCCGAUUUACCAAAUGUCCUAUGCCAGAAUAGCUGCAGCUCCUCGCAGAAAUGACUUGACCAACAGUCCCAGUUCUGAGUCGGGUGUGGCCAGCGGGUCACAGAACAGCAGUGUCAGCAGCAGUGUGACCCACACACCUGGCAGCAGCAUUGACAUCAUGUCACCACAGUCUCCUUCAAGUACAGUAGGUAUGUCCGAUAGAAAAGCAACCGUAUGGAAAGGUAGUCCACGGGAGCGCCGUCACUCCAUUGGCUCAGGCCCUGAGGAUAAGACUGAGAAAGAGAAGUCGAGUGUUGCCCAGUGCAGUCGCCAAUGUGGCAGUCAGGAGGUGCUUAGCAGGGAUGCUGUCACAUCUGCCAGGGCUAAUUCUUCAGAUACCAUCACACCUCCACCACCAAUGCCAGCUGAAGUCCUUAACAACAGCGUGAGCACAAGCAGCUUGCAGUCGGACUUAGACAUGCAGGAUGGUUCAGUACAGCAGCAGGAGAACCUUGUUUCUCACAAACCAAAACACAGUUCAGGCCCAGUGCAUACAGCUACCAGAGCACCAGUCCAGAAAAUUUCAUCGGAGAAUACAUCACCUCAGAGUAAUAAUUCCUGUCCUCAGGAAGUUUUCAGUACUGAGGCUUGUCAACAUAGUAGACCUACAGGCACUGCCAUUGGAUCCUCUAGUGGAGAGCAGAAGGUAGCCUCACACCUCACAGUUCCAGAUCCCAGCACAGCUAAGAAUGAAAUACAUCAAGAUGCAGCAACGGUUUCAUCAGUAGUGCCCGUUCCUGUUGUAGACAGCAUUGUCAACACCUCAUCCUGUAAAGACAAAUUGGCAUCUAACCCACAAGCCACUAAAAAGACUGCAAUUAGCACAAAGUCUGUUAUUUUUCUGGACAAGCGGUUUAGUUCGUCUCCGCAAAAUCUGGGAAUAACCUUUGGCUUUGACUCUAGUUAUGAGUCCGUGUGUGAGCCAGCUAGUCAGUCUGCGAGUCAGUGUCAUCAGCUGUCAAAACCACAGUUAGCAGCCAUGUCAUUAUCUGACACAGCUGCUGGUUUAUUUGUACAAGUGUGUCCAACAAGCCAAGCUCACAUUCCUCCUACAGACAGUGCUGCUUUGAUUUCAUCUGACCAUAAACUCUUUCAAUCUUCCUCUCCAUAUGGUGAUAAUAGUAAUCUAGUGCCAAAAGGUCUGCACAUACAGGGACUGUGUAAUGGGUUGAUUCUUCCAUCCAGCACUGCAGGAGACAGUGUGAGACUGCAGGAUCAGAAUGCCAGUUCUAGUAUUAGUAAUAGUAGUGAGAACACUGUAACAAAUUUAGCUUCUUCCAAUAGGACUAGUCUUUCAAAGCUGAAGCCAGAGGCACUGACAAAUCACAGAAUAGCAACGCCGAAUUCAGUGAGCCUGCCCAGGCAGAUCAGUAAUCUACUUUCUGGUAUGCCCAAUGGGCCCCAGGCUCAAGUCAGUCAGUUAAUGCCUCAGGUACCGGCAGGGACCUCCUGUGUGGCUCUCGUACGAGCAAACCCCACAGAUGUGAUAUAUUCGCCCAACCAUCCACCACCACCGCUUCCACCAAAAGUGGUGGCAGUCCCCGGAGACAGAAGCAACACCAGCAGCUCUACCUCUUUAUUGCCUUCCAGACACCAGUCAAUUCCAGAGACUGUCAAAUCUCCCAGCUGCACAGAAUGCAGCACUGAUAAACUUACUGCCGACAAUAUGAAGCCACCUUCAGGUAAAGAAGCUGUAGGCAUAGAAAGUACAGUGGAUAAAAACAAAACAUUGACACUUCCACCAACGAUAGAGGCAGUUUCACAAAAGCAGCCCCAGUUUGCAGCACCAGCAGAUGUUAUACCCAUUGUCUACGGUGGAAAGAUCAAACCAACUACAGGAUGUGGAACACUGAUGUUUGUGCUGAACAGCAUUUCACAGACUAGUAAAGAUGGCUCUGCAGAGGCUGUCAGCUUGCUUAGGAAAAAGUGGCUGGAUGUCAGUGACACAGGAGGAUCCACUGCUUUUGCCACCCUAAAUCAAGACUAG